GGCUCGAAGGAUGGGUAGAUUCUGACACUUCGGAUUGACACUCUGACCCUUACACAUCCUGUUACGAAAAGGUUUCGACGUUUUUGAUUUCUCUCCCAGCAUGACCGUGCGGCGCUCGCUCGGCGCAGGAGUCGCCUGGAUGGCCUUCGGUGUCAGGGCAGAGGCGCUGGCCCCUGCGAUGGACGUCGGGCUGGCCCCCGCAGCGGGACACGAUCUGUCCACCGCGGCGGACGCCGAGCUGGGCCCUUCGGCCGACGCCAAGGUUGACCUGGCGGAGGACCUCGAGCAGGGCGAGGAGCAAUCCUCGGGGAGCAAGAUAUGGCAUAACCAUAAACGUUCGGAACUCCUCGCGGAUGCAUACAUGUUCAAGGUUGUGUGUAUUUUCAAUGUUUUCAUGUGUUUGAACGUUGUCGUGGAGGGCUCGGGGUUCUCGAGGUUUUCAGGACGUUUCUAUUGGCUCUCGGCAGCUUUCCAGCCUGGGGACGCCUUCCAGUGAGGAGUAAAAACAUGACUCCGAUAUGUGGCGCGCACGCUGUUUUUCGCAGCCACCAGAUACUUCCGUCUGCUGUCUGUAAACCCCGCUCAUCGGACCGCACCCUUUCUUGGUGGGCAGGCGAUCGGCACACGUGUGCCCUGACAUGCGGGGCAGUUUAGAAGCUGACGAACACUAGGAGCCAGCACGAGUCUGCGCACGCCGUUUUUCUGCUCCUCCCUUUGGCGACGUGCCCGGGGGAAGUGAGAGGGAGAAGGCCUUCUCAGAAGGUGGGGGGGGGCUUCUCACAAGCCCCGCCGGCACUCGAGCAGAUGGCUCUGUGCCUCCGGGAAAAAGCCCUACAGACUGCUCAGGAGGCCCGAGGCCCCCCGAGCCCGAGAAGGGACUGCCCCUGCCGACUUCCGCCCGGGGCUCGCCGCCGAUCGCUCGGGCCUCCGAAUUGUUAUGUUCACGUCGUCGGAGGGCGCCGAAAACAAUCAGAGCACGCCUGCUGGCAAAAGCGAAUAGACGCUGGAAGCCCAUUGCUGUUUGGGUCUCCCUCUCUUCCUUUUGUGCGCCCAUCGCCUAGGCAGCCUUGUGCCAGGCUCACACGUAAGGAACUUGAGGAGAUUAUUUUCCGGGAGUGCCGAAAUCUUCCUAUACAUAUUCAUCUGCCGAUCACGGAGCGUCUCGCUCAGUGGCGGCUUCUGUGCACGUUCUAGGACUUCAUUGUUAGAAGUUCUUGACACGUAUGCAGACGGAACUCUGGAAAGAAAAUACUUCCCAGACAUUGCACAUGGAGGCUGUCUACACGGGCUCUGUCAGUUUGCAAUGACCGAACAGUCUCUAACUUAUACAGCAGCGUGGGCAAGACAAUUGUUUUAUAAAAUUGGAUUUUCCGGUCGCGGCAUAGAUUAGCGUGCGACCAACAGUGAGACAGAGCUGUAAAUAGAGACGUGGCUUCACCAAUUCUCCGAGUGAAUUCAGCUUGUGCUGAGCAUGUUACAUUCAAUCACCCUCCUCAGUAGACCGCUUGCUCCACUAUUUCAGCGGCGCGCCGGCGGGAGAAAGCAAAGUACCAGUGUUACGUACACGCAUGCAUAUAUUUUCAUCCCAAUUCAGAUACAAGCCAUAUCUCGCGCCUUCGUCAAUUACUGUGUUGAGUAAUGUUUGAAGCUUCCCAGAAUCGCUGUUGAGUAACAUUGUGUCAUUGGCGUAUAACAAAUCACUGCAUGCCAAAUAGUUGGGCUCCCGGACAGCAUCAUGUAGGC